UCACUCACUCAGAGGCUGAACACUUUGCAGGAGAGAGAGGACAAUACAGCAGCAAGAGAGAGAGAGAGAGAGAGAGAGAGAGAGAGAGAGGAAGGUAGAGAGACACUGAGUAACAGCGGUACACCAAGGAGACCACAGAAACACUCUCUCCCCCCAAAUCCCCAACUCCGCUGCACAGAGAGACACACAAAAGCAUUCUUGGCUUUCAGUUUAAACGGAGAAAAAAAAAAAAGUGAACAAUACGUUGGGCGAGAUCAUUUACUCGAGAUACAAAUUCAAGCAGAAAGGCGUGACAGGACGUACGGCGUCAAACUCGCGCUUCUCAUAAAGCGUCAAAACGUCUCCAAGGAGCGAAGGAGUGAGGGAUCUGUGCGCAGCGCUGCAUGAAGGAUAAAAAACAUCUGGGAGAAGAAGAAACAGGAUGAGAGCGACUCUGAGGAUCACAUGGCUGCUGCUGCUGCUUUCAACCAGCUUCCUGUUUCACAUCGUCUCUGCAAACGCUGACGCUCAGAACAUCACUUCUGCGACAAACAACAACACUGACUCAACUGCUGCCACGAAGGCUACGACAGACGCUCCUACAAGCAUAACUGUAGCACCAUCUGCUAAUCUGACGCAGAUGUCAACAAAUACAACUGCUGUAUUUGUAGAUGUCAACAAAAUGGCCACCACUCCCGCUGUCACAGUGACCACUACCGCAAAGCCAACAGAUAAACCAGGUUCCAUCCAACCAGCAGCGACCAUCGUCCCAAACAACCAGCCAGCAACUACCACCAUUAGCCUCUCUACUGGGUCUACAACUCAGCUGAACAACACGUCCACGACCCUGAGCCCAGCUGUAACCACCGACAGCAGCAGCGUUGGUGGUUCCGUGGUUUCCUCCAGUGCUCCCAUAGUACAGACGACAAAACCCUCUGGAUUCAGCGGGGUGUCCCCUAGCACUGGAUCGCCUGUAACACAGCCGGGAGGUCCAGGUAGUGUGGGGACUACAAACCCCGCAAGGAUCUCGACAGGUGCUCCAGGCCCAGGGCAGCCGGCCACGAGUCACACAACCAUCACAUCCAGGAUGAGCCAGCAGGGCGGGGGAGGAGGUUCAGAGAAAAUGACCACGACGAUGACAAACCAACAGCCGACGGCAUCGAAGGACCCGGGGCCUGUUGGGAACACUGGGACCUCCAGCUCCCCCCCUACCCUCACCAAAGCAGGACCUCUAGCAGGAGGAACCUCAGGGACCCGAGCUGGAACCACUGCCCCCCAGAUCCCAACCACCUUUGAUACGACCUCAGUCGCUCAGCUGAAGACGUUUGUGUAUUCUCUAAACACGGGACAAGAGAAAGACGAAAAGCACGAACUGGUGGAGGUGUGCAAGCGGCUGAUGGUGAACCUGCAGGAUGGAAACUGCACCCUGACAUGGAGGCAUCACAACGACAGAGUCCAGUUUGACUGUGUGGAGAUCAACGGGAAAGUAAAAACCAACCUGGCAACGCAGAUCUAUGAAGAAAUCAACAAGAAACCGACGGAUAAUAAAACCCUGAUCGCCAUCCUGGCGUCGUGUGGAGCUCUGCUCAUCAUGAUCGUCAUCCUCGCCGUCUGUGCCUCACACCACCGCAAACCUUACAACGAGAACCAGCAACACCUGACGGAGGAGCUGCACACGGUGGAGAACGGUUACCACGACAACCCCACGCUGGAGGUGAUGGAGGUGCAGCCGGAGAUGCAGGAGAAGAAGAUGGCGCUGAACAACGGGGAGUUCAACGACAGCUGGAUCGUCCCCAUCGACAACCUGCUGAAGGACGACAUGCCCGACGAGGAGGACACUCACCUGUAGAGACGACGGCGCACACAGAAGAAGAAGAAUUAGACGAAGAAGAAGAAGAAGAAGAGGAGGAGGAGGAGGAGGAGGAGGAGACGGGAGGACCUGGCUGCUGGAGAUUCUUGUUCAUGGAUCAAGAAAUGACUUUUCAUUUUACAAAGAGAACAAUCACACCCCCUCAUACACGCUGUUUAGAUUAAUUUCUAUCAUACUUUAAGGAUGAAGAACCAAUGAAAUCUUUCAUGGAGGCCUUCUGAGCUUAAAAAUAUGUUUCUAAAUAUGUGCCUACACAGUUUCUACACAUACAGUAUCUUCUUCAGCUGUGACUUCCUACAGAGCAUAAAUCCAAACGUGAUCUCCAGAAAGUUCCCAAAACACAAAGAGCCUUGUGCCUUUUCCCCCCCCGACUUGAUUUGAACACAAACGUGUUCAAGGGCGAGUCAGGUGGCGAAGAAAACGGAUCACUGUGCUCUGAAAAACCCGAGACGAAGACUGUCACGAGCGGUCAAAUCAACGCCAGCUGCCUCGGCGGUCCUAGUGUUACUAACAUAGAUAAGAUGACCUCAGGAUACUUCACAGCAUCCUGGUGAUUUUCACUAGUGCACGUCGGCGCUGCCAGUGGCUCCAACUGGUGAAACUGAGUAUUAAAACUUAACGGGGAGGGAAUGUCGGUUUAGGAAUAGGACAAAUGAAGGAGUUUAAUCCCAGAUGCAACAUGUUGACGCGAGGAUGUACGGAAAGCCUGAGAGGACAAAUCACUUAGUUAAUUUUUAGUUCUGAUUUUGGUUUAGUCUUUAAAUUCAAGGCCUUAAUUUAUGGUUUCUGUCUUUAUCUCUCUCGUUGUUUUGCACGUUUUUGCUCCUCCACACGUGACUGGGCUUCAGAAAGUGUUGCCCCUGUAUCCCCCCCUCAUGGGCGGCCUUGCAUGGAAUCAGAGUUUAACACAAACUCAAACACAAUGCCAACGACAAUUUGCCUGUACAAACGCUUGUACCGCAAUAGAGGAGAAAGGAAUCAUCUAAUUAGAAAAUAAGUCUUCACAUUUGUCCUCUCCGGUUCUCCGUUACACCAAGAUAUUACCAUCGUGUUUUCAAAAAGAUCAUCAGUAUUUAAACGCCUCAUUUUAAAAACAAACAUACACAAACACUUCACUGCUGAGCGACAGAAGCCACAGAGUCUGACGGGGCCAAAAGCACAAUCACAACAAGGAGUUUUAAAAACAUACCAAAUAUUUAUACAGAAUCAGUCCGUCAUUAUUCAGGAUUUAAAACUGAGAGACACUUCCUGUUUAUCUCCUUCACUGAAGCUUCAGUGUUUAUCCAGCUCUGCAUCGGUCUGUAAACCUUUCUGUGUUCUAACCUCUCUCCAUUUUUCAAAAAGCAUCUCCAAUAUUGAUCCUAGUUUGAGCACGUUUCUGCUCGUGGAGCUUUUUAGGUCGAGUACAAUCACUUCUAUCUGAACCAGUUCUCUUGCCCGCUUCCAUCGCUGCAACACCUGUUGGUUUGACCUGAUAACUGCUCUCAUAUCUGGCAAACCGAGGGGCGUCCAAAACGGCCGUGUGGGGGUGCCUUAAAACCGCCUACCUUCUCUGGUCCAAACAAAUCCAGAGCAUUCAGGAGCAGAAUCUAAAGUUAGAAGGAGGACAUACUGGCUGCUGCAUUGUUGUCAGAGAAGCCAGCACUUCAACAUAGCAUGUUUCCUUAAUGUCUGAUCAUACAGUGAGGUCACUUCAUCAUUUCACUCACUACACAUCUCACUGAUCGGACCUUUAAGAUUUCAUUUAAAAGUCAAGAAGAUGCAGAGACUUCCCCUAUGAAGCAAUAAUCCUCUAAACCUCCACAGUAAGUCAAACAAUAAUGAUUGAGAUAACACCGGACUGAUGACGCUCAUUAUGUACAAACAUGUGUCGUAAACACUGUAAAUAUUUGUAUUUUUUCACGGUUGCUGAAGCUGGAGGGAACGGAGUCGAAACGACCCUGCAGCAGAGCCGGAGCACAUUUGAACAUUUGUCUUCCCUUUAAGAAGUUAAUAUAUAUUUUCUUAUAAAAACAAGUGAAUCCGUCAGCUUGGGCACUCCAAUCCUACUUUUGUUUCUAUUACAUUUGUGUGUUUAUAAUUUCACUUUUAUACACUAUAGCUGUGCCGUUUGUCACCAAAGUACGUCACCAGUAUUUUAUGUAUUUAUGGUCUGUUUGCUGUUGAAGGCGAACAACAGGGGUCUGACACACUGGAAGCUGUAAAUUGUCGAUCGCCGCGGCGGUCUUGUUAUUCUUCAUUUUUCAGAUUUGCAAAUAAAGGAAGCUUUUUUUUUUUCCA